AUGAGGAUCAACAAAAAGGACGAAAUAGUGAACGUGCUGUUCACCGUGUUCCUGCUGAUCACGCAGCAGAUGUGCCUGCUCUACGCAAUUUUGAGCAGCGCGAGGAGCAACCAGCUGUACCUGCUGUUCCUCGUCGUGGAUGUCUUUCUAUGCGUGUACAUUGUGCUGAGUCUGUACGAUGAGAACAACGCGGGGGUCAAGAUAUCCAUUCAGUGGAUGGUCUACAUGACCACGCUGAGCUCCAAGAUGGGCGUCUUCUGCUUCCUCAUCAAGGGUGAUAGCGGCGGUUAUAGCGGCGGUUAUAGCGGCGGUUAUAGCGGCGGUUAUAGCGGCGGCCUUAGCGGCCACCAGCAGGGCCUCCAGGGCAGCCUGCUCUUCUCGUACCUGUCGAACGACGUGCUGGUGUACAACCUGAUCUACCUGACGCCAUUCAUCUACCUCCUCUUCUCCCUGAGGAGCAGAAACAUUCUAGAGCACAUCCUCAACAACAAAAUCGUCGUGGAGAACAUCCUCAGCAUAGACGUGAACAUAAUAAAUCUCUUCGAUCUGAUUGACUUAAUAUUUAUGUAUUCCCACCUGACCAACCUCUACAGAAUGUUGGACCAUGUGAAGACGCACAGCUUCCAAAACGUAUUCAUCAUGCUCGUCGUUGUGCUCGUGGAUAUUGCCCUCUUCGGAUUUUACUUUCCCAUUUAUACUAAUAUAGAUAAGGCCUCCUCGUACACCCAGGAGACGGUGGGGGUUCUCAAGGGGGACAAUCCUGGGGAGCGGAACAGAUCGAGGGGGAAAACUACCAAGCGGGAUGGGCAGAAAGAUAAGCAUGGUAAAAUGAUGAGGAAGAAAAGGCCUGUUCGCCAAAGUGACUCAUAUGGAAAGCACGAAACGGGGGAGAGGAAGAAGGGCAGCUUGUUUUACCUCACCAAUGGGGGAAGUGGCAGCACGGCUAUUGGCAGAAGUGCCGCGGGGAGGAGCAGCGCGAGUGGACAGAGUAGUGCACAUAGUUCACCCAGCCGAAGCAGCAGUAGACGUGAUCAAAGCGGAAGCAACAGCAGUGUUCCUAGUCAAAGAAGAACCACAAUAAUGAGUGAGACCAACGUGCCAAGUGGAGCGAAUGCAUCCCUCUUUGGUAAAUCAAACGUAAGGCAUAUGAAGACAAACACCACAUCUAAACUCUUCCACUCGGAAAAUGAAACAAACAUGGGGGGGGGGGACAAGAUGAAUCCCUCCUCUUUGGUAUUUAACAAUUCUAAAGAGUCCACCUACGCAUCGUCUGAUAUGUCCAAGGAGUUACUCUCAAGGGAUUUUUCUACUUCUUCUUUUUCUUCCUCCUCUGCGAAUUCGUCUUACUUAUCCUCAGGUGGUUCUAACUUUGGCUCUUCUCACUCCGCGUCUUCUUCGUCCUCCUCGUCCUACCUGCCAUCGCUCCUGUCCUUCUCCUCCGGUGGGAACAAGGCCAAGGCGAACAAAUCCUACCAGCAGAAAUAUAAGGACGUCUACACGGAUGUGUACAUAACGGCCAAGUUUCACUUCAUCGUGGGGUUCCUCCUCAUCGACGUGCCCUUUUUCAUAUACAGACUCCUCUUCUGCCUGAAGCACAAAAUGAUGCUGACGCUCAUCGUGAAGAACGUGCUGUUCCUGCUGUUCCGGUCCUACAAGCUGAACGAGUACCGGCUCGUGGAGAAGGAGAAAUACAAGAAGAACAAGAGCAACCUGGACUUCCACUUUUACAACCUCUGCGGCGCAGACUCGGAGGCGGGCGCCUACCCAAAGGGGGGCAGCGCGGGGGGAGAGCGAAGAGAGCGGCAUGUACAGCGGAAGGAGCGGCAUGUGCCGCGGAAUGUGCCGCGGAAUGCACAUCGGGCGAAACCCCUCCCAUUCGAAAGAGCCGCGAACGGCCAAGCUCCGGAAGACGGGGCGGAGGCGAAAGGCAAGAGGGACCAACGCGCGGGCAAGGUGAAAAAGGGGAACACCAAGAGGGGAGGCAAAGCGGACAAGGCGGCGAAGAAGAGGAAAAAAAAAAAAAAACACACCGUCAUGCAGGUGUUCAAAGAAGAAUUCAGGGAGAACAAAAGGAAGCUGCUCCUGGAGAAGGCCGCCCUGCAGGGAAUGGCAACAAAGGGGAGCAGCGAAGGAGCCACGCGGGGAGCAGACCACCCAGAAAAGCGGCAUGGCGUGGAGGAACACCCAGAAAAGAGAAACGGAGAGGAACACCCGGAAACGCGGAACGACGGAGAGCCCAAACGUGGGGGAAAAUCCAAACGGAGCAAACAGACCCCGCCGGCAAAAUUCACCUGGAAAGAACGCAGGCAAAUGAAAAGUCAAUUUAAGAAAUACAGCAACCUCAUUUACAAGCUAAAGUACAAAAGGAAGAUACCCAUUUAUCAUUUCAAGCUGUGGGAUCACAUCCGAGCUAUGGGUAGCCUACUCUUCAAACGCUUUGGCAGUUCAAAUUUUCUCUAUUUGGAUGACCAGCUGGUAUUGCCAUACCUCACCAACCUCCGCCUUAUGCUUCUCGUUCUUCUAAAUUAUAUGAUGAAGAUUGGCAUCACCAUUUUUUUUAUUUUCCUCCUGUUGAAUAACCACAUACGGGUGAGUCAGCAGGACUUUGUCUACAUGUACGAGAUGCCCGUGAAGCGGUUCGACCCUCCUGGGGUGGGCCGAACAGACACACUCACCUUCCCAGACAGCUUUGAUGUGACCAAUCACACACAUUUGCAACUCCCAGAGGAACCCAUCCCCAUAUAUUAUAUAAACAAAGAUAUGGAAGAUAAUUCGAAGCAAUUUUAUAAUUGCACCUAUGUACCCAAAGGGUACGUCAAACUAGAAAUGCCAGAUAGCUUGUUCCACUCUAAAUGGGAGCAAACAUUCAAAUUGGAUAGACUGUAUAUGUACGCUUGCUUGGGAUUCUUCUUCCUCUAUUUUGUGUUGCUUCUGGGGACCUCUACAUUUUUUGACCUCCUCUUUGGGGCCAUACUGAACACGAUGAGUCAUUUGUCUUUUUAUUUUUCUCUAAAGCAAUUUGUUUUAUUUUUUUUUACCUUUCAUGGGAAUGUGUAUAAUGGCGAUUACGUGCUGCACGAUGGGCACAUCCGUAAGCUCAACUACGAGUUCGAGUACCUCCUGCUGCUGCUGUUCAACCUGCAGCAGUUCGCGUCCAUCUGCAAGCACGCCUCGCUCUUCCUGCGUGUGCUCUUCAACUGCAGGUUCGUCUACUACCGGAGGGGCCUGGGCCGAGCGCGCGACGGGCGGCGCAACCAGCUGCGGCACUCCGUGAGCGUGUACCUGCUCUUCCUCCUGUGCAAGUACGCCCACGCGCCGAUCAACCUGAACACCCUGCUCUUCGGAAAAAAUAUCCUCAACAACAUCCUCCUCAUUGAUAACAUAAACAGCUUCACCUGGGUCAACAUCAUUCUGCUCUCGCUCUUCAAAGGGACCCAAAUUCUGAUGACCAAGACUAACUACUUUAUUAUUGGCCUCUUCAUUCUGCACAUCCUCCUGUACGUCAUUUAUGCCAUCCACGCACAGAUACUUCGCUACAUAAUUCUUCGCAAAAUGGAGAUCCUCUUUUCCUUUAAGAACAUCCUCAUCUCCAAGUACGAGGAGGCCCCCCUCGUGCCCGACAAGACCUCUCCCUACGUCACCUGCAGGGACAUCCUCAAGUACUACUCCGAGGAGGGCUUCUUCUCCUCCGAGGGCAACAUGAUUCCCAAUUUUAUAUGACCCACGAGACGGCACCCGCGGGCCAAGCGCAGAGGAUUACGUACCAACCGCUCAUCCGCACACUAACGCGGGCCACUACGCACGACUACCUCCCACCGCCGCUCAAACAAAUUAAAUGAAAAGUGGCCAAACGGUGGGGUGGGGGGUUCACUACCGCCUCUGAGAACACCCCCCUCCGGGCAGCCACUGCAAACUUUGUAUCCGCUGAGCUGUAUGGCCCAGUUGGUCCCUUUGGCAAAAUGUCCGCCGUAAAGUCUGCAAAGAUUCGCCGUAAAGGCUGCAAAGAUCCGCCGCAAAGUCUGCAAAGAUCCGCCGCAAAGUCUGCAAAGAUCCGCCGCAAAGUCUGCAAAGAUCCGCCGCAAAGUCUGCAAAGAUCCGCCGCAAAGUCUGCAAAGACCCGCUGUAAACUCUGCUCAAGUUCGCGGCGCACAACUCAUCGCCAGCGCAAGUGCGGAGCUAAUUAAACACUAAUUUCUAGU